CGUAGAAUUAAAGUUUUGGUGUUUGACUUUUAAAUAGCUUCAGCUGAGCUCUGCCUUUGUGAUGCUGCUUUAGUAGGAUUUGUGUUUGACUGUAACUUUCCAAAACAAGCCCACAUUCACACACACUGUACUUGAUGUCUGGUCAGCUGUGUGGAGGUGGGAAAGAAAGAUGGCUUUGAUAUCAAUCUCAGCGCAGUUUUGCUGUGAAAGUUGGCUUUUUAUCCUGCCUUUGACGAUGGGUAAUCAGAUGAAUUAAUGCUUUUAACCGUAUAGUGGGACAAAAUGUUGAUUAUUACUUAUUUUUGUUAGUGGAUUAUUCAACAGGUUUCAAGGCAGGGGUCCAAAGGGAUCAGAGGGCUCCUGGUAUAUUUAAAAACCCACUGAAUUGUCCAGAAAUUAAACUAAACAAUCACAAAGUGCCACAAAAUGACCACAAAGCUACACUAAAUUGUUGUUUGGCGCUUUUAGUUUGGGCACCCUGUUUCUGCAAAGUUGAGGAGUCUUUUAAAUGUCUGUUCCCAGAGGCCCAUAUUAUCCAAAUCCAAUCUCUGCUUCUUUUCUCAAACAACCUGACCAUCUAGACGGACUUCAGCUCUGUGAAUAUUCUGACGAUCAACACGGAGUCACUACCAGAAUAUUAGAUGUCAUAUUUUUUACAUUGUUUUUUUUUUUGUUAUACUACUACUACUACUGCUACUACUACUAACAAUAAUAAUAAUAAUACAUUUUAUUUGUAUGGUGCUUUUCAAAACACCCAAAGAUACUUUACAUGUAAAAUCAACCAACAUUAAAAUAGAGGAACAUCAUAAAAUACAUCGAAGCAGCAACAUUUUAUGAAUAUUUUCUGAAUGUCCCCCAAAAUGUCGUGGUAAAAAUCUUCAGAUUCACGCCAGAGAAGAUGAUCUGGUAAGUUUGCAAAUUUUGGGAUGCAGAAAUCCAUUGUUGCAAUUGUUAGCUAACUGUUCAUCUCCUCUGCUAAGAUUUAUGCGUACAGUGUUUCUAAACUCAUAUGUUGAGUUAAACAGCUGUAGUGUUCUAUAUGUUGUUAAACAGUCCUGUCGAUGUCCUGAUCUGACAAAUAUAUCACUCAUAAAAUCAUCCUCCUAAUGUAGAAUAUAAAUGCAGCAAAAUGCUCAUGUAAGACAUGUGGCAUUACUUUUAGUAACAGAAUUUGUACUGCAUGCAGUACAAACCAAACAGUAACAGUGCAGCUCCUUAUAGCUGCCAGUCUGACAAUUUAUAACCUUCUUGUCAGCAGUCAGUUCACUGCAGGAUGGAGUUCUAAAUCAUUCAAUCUGUCCUGUAGCUGGACACAAACACAGCAUUAAAUCUAACAAAUAGAACUAUAGGAAAGUCUGUUUAAAGUCAUUUUACCAUAACUGGCUUUCGUGUCCUUUUCAUUGAAAAUAAAUAUUCAUAAAAUGUUACAGAAUGACCUGUUUCUACAUAAUAUAUAAAUACAGUUAUGUUGUUGCAAGUAACAGUGAAUAGACCCCAGAGUGUUAAACAUGUGGCCUUUGGAAAAAUAUCAAUCUGUUAACAGUCAUCUCAAACCACCAAGCUGAGCUGAAAGGAGAAAUUCUGUCUUCUGUCUCAUGAAACCAUUUUGAGGGGAAGCUGAGACACUAACAAGCAAAAAUGUCACACAGAUUACAGCUGUGACACAGAGUCAAUAGAUGAAAGAGGAAGACUUGGAGGUUUCAGCGUUGUUUCAGUGUGUGAUUGAUGUCGCACAGCAGCACCUCCAACUCAUCAUCACCUGUGAGAGCGACCAGAAAACGGCAGCACCAUCAGCCCUGCAAACCUUGAAGGACGAAGAUGAAUUUCACUGAGGAGGAGCAGAUGUACAACCAAUCAGUCACGACAGCAAUGUCAGAUUUCAACCAGACCUCCACAGAGUACUUUGAUUAUGAGUUGGUUGAACCCUGCCCACAUAGCAACAGCCACAAUGUGGAGAUGGUAGUCGGCCCGUACAUCAACUCCAUCAUCUGCAUCCUGGGCUUCGUGGGGAACAGCCUGGUGAUCGUCACCUACGCCUUCUACAAGAGAACCAAGUCAAUGACGGACAUCUACCUGCUCAACGUGGCCAUCGCCGACCUCCUGUUUGUGCUGGCGCUGCCUCUGAUCAUCUACAACGAGUUGUCGUCGUGGUCGAUGGGGCCGGUGGCCUGCAAGCUGCUGCGCGGCUCCUACAGCAUCAACUUGUACAGCGGCAUGCUGCUGCUCGCCUGCAUCAGCACCGACCGCUACAUCGCCAUCGUCCAGGCUCGUCGCAGCUUCAGGCUGCGCUCGCUCUCGUACAGCCGCAUCAUCUGCGCCAUCGUCUGGGUCUUCGCCAUACUGGUGUCCAUCCCCACCUUUUACUUCUACCAGUGGUACAAGCCAGCCCACAGCAAUGAUUACCAUAUGAUUGAUGAUGAGUUCUUUGAGACCGAUGAGCCUCCACAGUAUGUCUGCGAGUUGAAGUUUUCAGACAGCAAUAUGGCCCGGACGACCAAGGUGGCCGUCCCCAGCACCCAGCUGGUCGUGGGCUUCUUCCUGCCGCUGUUCAUCAUGAUCUUCUGCUACAGCGCCGUCAUCAUCACUCUGAUGAAAGCCAAAAACUUCCAGCGACACAAAGCGGUGCGGGUGGUGCUGGCGGUGGUGGUGGUCUUCAUCGCCUGCCACCUUCCCUACAACCUGGUGCUGCUGUACGACACUGUCAACAUGUUCCAGCAAGCUGAAUGUGAAGACCUGGACAGACUGCAGACUGUCCUGAUGGUGAUGCAGUCCAUCGCCUACCUGCACUGCUGCCUGAACCCAGUGCUGUACGCCUUCGUCGGGGUGAAGUUCAGGAACCACUUCAGGAGGAUCUUCCAGGACCUGUGGUGUCUGGGUAAGAAGUACAUCGCCCCACGCCGCUCCUCCAGGGUCACCUCAGAAUUCUACGUGUCCACCGUCUGCCGCUCAGUGGACGGAUCCAGCGAGAACGGAUCUUCUUUCACCAUGUGAGGACGUCUAGCGAACUGAUCUCUGGAACAGAUGUUUUGAGGCCUGCAGGUCUCUGAAGUCCAAACUUGACUUAUGUAUGUAAAUCAUGAUUGGAGUAAUGUGGUUCUCAUUUGAUGGACUCACAAAAUACAUCUCAGGGAUUAUUAGAUGGUUCAGAAGAUAAGAAAUAAGAUGGAUGAGUUUUAGUAUUAAAAUAUGACCUGAACAUCGUUGUUUUGAGACCGCUUCAUCAUGACUCAAAGUUUACUCAGGAAAAUUCUAAAGCACCAGCUGAUAUGAAUUCAAAAUAAGAUUCAGUGCAAAAGUUCACAUGUACACAGAUAAUUAAGACAGUUGAAAAGUUUUAUUUCGUCUUUCUAUGCAGCAUUUUCUGCCGGAUUCACUCGACCUCAGGAUGUUCAAAACCCUGAAUGUGGAGCUGCUUUUCUCUCUGAUCUGCUUCGACGCUCCAGCAGCUUUUCUCUGCUCAAACUUAAUCUACUCACAGAUGAUUGUCAGGAUUAAAAACUGGAACUUUUGCCUGCUCAGAGGUAUUUCACAUUCGUCCGUUAAGUCCUGAAGGAGUCUGAACUAAUCAGUGGAUGGGCUUUAGGUUUAAUUCACAUUUUGAACACUCUUUACCCUCGACUGACGGCUCAGAACUUGUUUUCCUCAUAUGUAACUUUUGUGUUUGUGAUUCCUCUGCUCGUUUUUUGUAUUGAUAUUGUAGUUUUGUUUGUUAAAUAAGUUUAUUUUUACAAGAUUGAAUAUGUAAUAUGUUACAUUUUCAGAUUUAUAUCUCCGUGGAUUUCAGAUGUCAGAAUAAAUAUUGUUUGUCUUAAACCAAAGAGGUUUAUGUUUGUUUGUGAGAACUUCCCCAUCACUGUAAUUCAGUGACUCAACACCAGAUGACACCAUUUACAGUGGAGAAGUCUCACUCUUAUAGAAAAUGUAUACAGCAGUGAACAGAAACCCUUAAAGGUAGGAGCUGAUCUUGUAGUGUCAUUUUGUUGAUCUCUUCUCUUUUGAGUGUUUUUAUUUCACUGCUGUUGAUCUUUUGUACUCUCCUUGUUGACAGUGAGUGCUGGAUGUCUGAGCUGUCUGUUGGUUUUCUGAGCAGCACCAGAUGUCGACACACCAGUGAGUCUUUCUAACAGGUUAGACGUGCUGCUGUUUCUGUUGGAACCACACUGUUGCUGUGAAACUCAUUUAGCCAAAGGUUGAGGAAGUUUUCAGAUGUUUUACAUAAGCAGAAAUUUCAACACUUGGAUGCAAAAAUACUUUACAAGCUGAAGUAUUACACGGUUUUGGUCUAUUUCUAUUAGUUUUGGCAUAUUUUAGCUGAACGUGGCCAUCUAAUUAAUUUUUCCGAAACCACCUUUUAAUGCUUCAUAAUUUCUCAUGUAAACAUCACAUCACGUGCUUUCUAAAACUGAUGUCAGAUGCUGUGCAAAUAUUUAUUUCCAAUCUCUUGUAUUUGUAGUGUAUUGUAAGCUAAUAAUUCUGAGAGCCGCAUUUGUGUGGAACAGAAUUUAUUUUGUGUCAGUGAGCAACAUGAAAACAAACUGUCGAUGCCGGCCUCCACACAGCAGGGGGCGCUGCUUCACAGAGGAGGUGAGGAAAAGAAACUAAAGUUUAAAUAAAAUGGCUAAAAAUAAAAA